AUGAAGCGCUCAGACAACGGAAAGCGACCAGCGGUUUCCGCUUCUGCCAAGAGAAUCAUGCAGGAACUAGCAGAACUAGCUCGCGAGCCUUCAACGUUGUUUGAGGUGCGUGCCCUUGACGAUGACCUUUUUGAAGUGCACUUUACCAUCCGUGGCCCCGCGGACUCACCCUUUGAGGAAGGACUCUACCACGGAAGAAUACUGCUUCCUCCCGAGUACCCGUAUAAGCCGCCGGAAAUCAUGCUCCUGACACCGAACGGUCGCUUCGAAACGGGGAAACGCAUCUGCCUCAGCGUGACCCAGCACCACGUGGAGACCUGGCAGCCAAGUUGGGGAAUACGUACUAUCCUGACGGCGCUGAUUGGAUUUAUGCCUACUCGCGGAGAUGGUGCUGUCGGGGCCCUCGACUUUACUGAGGAAGAACGUCGUCAGCUGGCGUGCGCCUCGCGACGCUGGUCUUGUGCCCGGUGUGGUAUGGACCAUAGCAGUUGGAAGAGUUCAGCGUCCACUUCGGCUGAAGCCCACCGGGUCUCAUCUGAAGAGACAAGCAACGAGGGAUAUGUGGGAAACCUCCCGGGCACUGAUGGGCACGAGAGCCGGUGCAUUUCGCACGAGCCAGCUGCCUCACCGGGAACCGAGCCAAUAGCGUCUGCGAUGCCCACGACGCCUGCAGCUCCAGAGGAGCUUCCAGAGGCGUCGACCUCAUGGCAUCAUGAGAAAGAAGCGCAGGCGUCUGGGAGCCAGCUGAUGCUGCCAGCGAUGCAAGUGCCCGAAACGGCAAGGCAUUCGAGCGCAUCAGACUGCAGCUCGACAGAAAAGAGCAUGCCCCACGAUUCGCGGACGACAGCUACGACGGAAACCAUGCUGGAGAGCGUCGAUCGACUGCUAACCUACGUCAUUAUUGCACUGGUCUGCGCAUUGACCACAGUUUGGUUUCUUUAA